CCAGCCAGUAAUGGAUGCCAUUUGGCUGGGAUUGCAAUGGAGCAGGACUGAGGUUGUAGCAGGGUCUGCAGUUUCCAGCAACAUUCAGCAGGCACUGAGUACAGGGACCCAACAAGGAGAGAGUGCAGCCUGAGGGAUUUCAGGUGCAAAAACCCAUCUUCCUCCAAAGCCCUGUGUAUCUCCCCUGGCAUUGCUCAAAACAGUUUGGAUGAUGCACUGCUCUAUGAAGGCUACCCUGUUCCACCACAUAAUGCAAAAUGCAUAUUUCAACUGCUGAGGAUAACCUCUGUAUAACCAGCACCAGUUCUGUAUGGAUGUUAUCGCAGACGGAUUCACCAGUGAUGACGACGUUGAUAGAGGACCCCACCAGUUGAAAGCAUUCAGGUGGUCAUGAUAUCUGCCACUGAUAAAUCCUUACCUUCAACAACAGACUGACAGUUGCAAAGGACUGCUGGUCAUUAAAAGUAGAAGCCAGUUUGCAAGAGGACUCUGUUGUUCCAUCAGUUCAAUGGAGAAGAACAAUCAUCAGGAACUAAUACAAUGGGAUGAAGAGCUGCAGACCAACAUCAACAAGGGGUUUUGCAGCCCCGAUGAUGUGUUGAAUCUGUCUGGAGACCAAGCUGUCAAUGCCAGACUUUUGCAACAGAAUUCAGGAGGGGAGGAGGACGGCGCCGGUUUGCAUAGGAGGGGCAUGGGGGAGAUGCGUGGUGGGACUACCUGUCUCCUGGAGCGUGAACAAUCCCUUGAGGGUGUCCCACCGCUGCUGAGCGUGUCCCCAGGCUCAAGACCUAGGGUGGAGUUUGAGAGCCAGUACUUGGACCGCCCUGGUUAUAAGCCAGUGAGUCCGUUAGAGCAACAGGUCAAUGUUGGACACAAGGAAUCAAUUCACUCUGAUCCAGAGCCAGUGAGAGCCAAGCUUGGACCUGCUCCAACACACCCCAUGCUAGCCGAGAACCUGACUUCUGCCCCAAACCAAUGCAGCCAAUCAAGUUCUUUCUCCGCUUGCCUGCCAGAGAAUAUCUUGGAUGGAAUAAAUCUGAACACAUCAGAGGUAGGAGGUAAGGAAUUGUUGGCAACCUAUAUCCAAGAGGAGCAGGGCAUGCACACGCUAAAUACGGUUCAUGGCACUACGGUGGAUGGGAUAUUGUACGGGUUUGAUUUGUCUUGUGAGCGAGAUGGAAACCAGUACACACCGCUAGACCAGAUGACCUACGAGUAUGAUGUAGCCUGUGGAGAGGAGGUGCAGUAUACUUCUUUGGAUCCCGUUUCUUACAGCUUCGAUGUGUCUUGUGAAGAAGACAUAAACCCCUCAGUCGAUCCAAUGUCCUACGAGUUUGAAGUUCCUUGUGCAAGAGACGAUGAGGAAAUGGAGUGUUUUAGUCAAAGUGCCCUUGAUGAUGGCAAGGAAGAUGUUGCAAUGCCCGCUGACGGGAGCGGAAAGACGACCAGCGAUGGUCACGGUGCGCUGUGCUCCUGGCCUGACACCGAGCUCGUCAUGGGACCUCUUGAGCAUCAGAGUAACGUGGAUAGUUCCUCUGGUGUUGCAUCCUUAGGGAACGAAGGCGGCUCCAAGGUAACAGCCGCGACUGAGAUUUCCGUCAUUACGUCCCGAGACCAAGCAUUGCCAGUGAAAGAGGUUCACCAGACAGAACAAACUCUGACGAGUUUGGGCAAAGGUAAUACUGCCGAAAUGAAGCAGUCUCCAGACAGCGGUGAACCAACGACAGUUCACUACCACCAGUAUCUCAGCACCUCACAGGACAAAGAGCUGUGUCAGUCGGGGAUGGAUGAGUGCUUCAGUGAGCAGCGCGUCGAUGGCAGCGCAGAACCAACCAAUACCUCAGUGGCCAAUUACACUCCGAGCCUUUGUCAAGCUGUGUCUUGGGACUGUGCAGCUGCCACAGCCACGGACUGUGUGGAAAACCCCUCCCAGUCCACUGGAGGAAUCUCUGCAGGAUGUGGUAUGGAAUCUUCAGGGGCUAUCUCGGUUCUUCAGCUCAGCAAAAGCUCUUUGGACCUCGAUGGUGACCCUCCUGGCCUUUCUACCUUGGGCAGUACAGAGGGGCCCAGACGAAGUGGCCAGGUGGUCCAAACUACUAAAGGAGAAAUGGAGACAAUUCAGCCAGCAUUCUCUUUGUUUGAUGAGAAGGAGAAAUCUCAGGGAGGGUUUGAUAGUCAAAAUGGAGAUGUCUUGACUGAAUCUGCACUGGUUCAAACAGAACCGACUGUUAGUCCUUCCAGAGAGGAUCAGCUUGGUGGAGAAGUUCCAAAGUCGCCUAUAGCCGAUUCCCCCAGCCUUUUCGUUCUGCAGGUUUCCACUGCAAGGGAGCACUUAGCCUCAACAGAGACCACGUAUAGACCAGCAGCAAAGACAUUUAGGACGGAGAACCUGGGAAGAACAGGAGAAGAAACGAGAACAAGUUCUGACUCUGACUCAGAAGGAACAUCUAAAAAGAUCUGCCCACCUGAGAAUGAGGAGAGGACCAUCUCCAAAGAGUCAGGAGUACCAGAGCCGGCCUCCUUGGCCAAUGUGUCAGCUUCAGUUAUCAGCCGAGGACAAGAUAUUGAACAGUUGGACAACUGUCCAGAAAUGCCUGAAGCAGCCCAAGUACAGCAGCAAAGUGAGAAUGAGGAGCAAGGAGCUGACAGGCGGCAAGAUUGGGAGGGCAAAGAGUUGGCAGUAGAAUGUGUUGCAGCCUCGAGAGAGACCGCAACUGUAUUGUCCUCUGUUUCUGGGGCAGGAUCAGAAGAAACCUUAGAGCCACGAGCUAACCUUCUAGACAAGCACAAGGUCAGUAAGCUCCAGAACGUCAGUGUGGAUUACCAGAUGGAGUGCGCCAAACCAGUGCAAGAACAAAUGUUGGCCAGUGUGUGUGAUGGGGAGGAAGACUCCCAGCUGGCAUCUGCUGAUGCAGCAGGGAAAGCUGGGGCCUUUGGUGAACCAUCGCUUUACACCUGUACAAAGUGCAGCGUCUACUUCCAGGACAAGGAGUACCUGCGCAGACACAUGCUCGAUCACUUCGACGGGCAGAGCAGUGACGGUUUGGCGGGAGGGCUUCGUCCGUUCAGCUGCCAUGAGUGCGGCCACUCCUUCUGUGACCCGGCCUCCCUCCAGUCGCACAUGAGCAUGCACCAGGCUCGCAGGGCAAGCUUCAUGGAAGCCAUCCAGGAGCUGGCAGGGGCGAAGGGCUGCGGGGCCAGGCUGCAGUGCCCCCAUUGCAACUUUGGCACCAGCUCCUCCACCUUGCUUGAGGAGCACAUGGAAACGCAUGCCCGCGCUGCGCCUCACCCGUGCAAGCUCUGCAAGGUCCAGGCAGCCACGGCCAAAGAACUGCAGGAGCACAGGUUGCUUUUUCAUCCGGACUCUUUCCAGGAGAGCAAGGCUCCGUGCCCGCCCAACCCCAGGAUGCUACCUCAGGCCACCAAAGUCAGCCUGCACGUGGGCAAGGAAUACCUGUCCACGAGGCGGGACGAGACGGGUUGUGUGAAGCUGAGCCAGCAAUCGCUGUAUCAGCGGAAGCCAGGCUGGUCCUUGAACAGGUCAGCUUGGAUACCUGCUAGUCAAGGGUCCACAGAACCAACUGGCCAAGCCGAGAAAUGUGAAAACCCCCAGAAGUUUCAGUCGGGCGGUUUGGAGAAAGUAUCACAGCCUUCCGCUGCCAAAGACCUGUGUCGUUACCAAGCCAAGCAUCCUCUGUUGCUAGGGGGCUUGAAGGGCAACACAGCCUUCGAGAUCUCAGGAAGCAAGAGUGCUGGUUUCAAAAUGCACUCGCUUGUAGGCUUGGCAAAGAGGGUCCGCCCGCACACCGUCCAGUACAAGUCACCGAUGGGCAUGUGCCAGUACCUGGGCUUGCAAGAAGGUGGAAGGGCGGCCCUUUUUCCCUUGCCCGAGGAAAGUUACAAUCCUCAAAAAGGGGCAAAUGAUCACACCGCUGACCCACAAUGGAGGGAAAUGGAGGUGGGCAGUGAAGGUGGCACAAAUCUAGGAGGUGCCUUAACUUACAGGAAAGUAAUAAUUGACCACUUCUCAUCCAGGAUGACCAGCAGUGGACCUCCAGUCCCCAAGGGUAGCCUGCCGGGAAAUGCAGAGGUAGCUACAGGAACUAGGACUUGCAACGUUUCAGUGGAGCCUCAGCCAGAGAACCUCAAGCAACAGGCCUUGGUGUCAUCAGGACGCGUCAAUGAUGCACGGAGCCUUCACGCUAGAAAGAGAAGGAAGUCUGGAGAGCCAUCUGCUGCCUCCUGCAGGCCAAGAGCAGUGAAGAAGCGCACGAAAGAGAUGCUGGAGACCGUCAACAUUCCCCUUGACCUUCCUGUUGACCAACGGCAGCAGUUAGUGAGGAUGACACCGUUAAUAUUGCUAGAAAAAAUGGACAGCCAGUCAGAAAGCAAAUCAACUUCACAUGACCAGGACUUGGAAUCUUCUUCAGAACCAUUGGGCAUCCACCUGCAGAUUGAACCUGUAAACAGUCUUUCACGGGAACCAACAGAAACCCAUUCAGUUCACAAACCUACAAACAUCCUUUCUCAGCUUGAACCCAUGGAGAUCCAUUCACAUUGUAAACCUGCCAACAAUCAUUCACAACACAAGUCAAUCGAAAGCCAUUCAUAUGAACCAACAGAAGACCAAUCGCUAUGUAAAUCCUUAAACAGCCAUCCUCAACACAAAUCCUUAGAAACCCAUUUGCAUGAACCCAUGGAAACCCAUUCACAUUACAACCCCAUUAACAGUCCUUCACUCCGUGAGAAAAUGGAUUCACAACGUGAAUACGUCUGCAGCCAUUCACAGCGUGACCUCUUGGGCAACCGUUCCCAGUCUCAUCCUUUCUCCGAAGAAAGGGAAUUGGAUUCUUCUUUGGAAGCGCAGGUAGAGAGAGGCAUCUUCUGGGAGGUACCCAGUGAAGAUCUGACAAUAGAUCUGAUGAAAAAAUCGAAAGAUCUCUUGAGCAGGAAUUUAUUACGGAUGUUUCCACUGGAAGAGAGGGAAUGCCCCUACUGUCCGGAUAAAUUCCACACCGGGAUAGGUCUGGCCAAUCAUGUACGAGGGCACCUUAAACGAGUUGGCAUUAGCUACAACACGCGCCAUUUUGUUAGCGCAGAAGAGGUCACGGCUAUUGAAAAGCAAUUCUCGCUACAGAAGCUGAAGAGGAAAGCUCUGAAGUUCCGCGGCGGUGUCGUCGAGAAGUGCAACCUAUGUGGUGCCAGUUUUGAUUCACGGGCCGGCAUGUCAAGCCACGCGCGCGCUCACCUGCGAGAGCUCGGCGUGAUGACCUGGAGCGCGACCAGCUCCCCCAUUGACCUGCUGAACGAGCUCCUUCAGGACCAGGUCCCUCCUGGCCUGACCGACAGCCAGCCCGUUGCUGAUGGUGCCUCCAGAGGAACCCCCACCCAUGGGCCAGGAGCGGCGACACCAGGUUCGGAGGCCCCAAGCCCCCACCCUUUGGGGAAACCCUUCACAUCUGUCAACCACAGUUCACCACCACAGAGAAACAAGGCCCCCCCCCCCCCCCUUUUCCCGGCGAUCGAGUGCGCGGCGCUCGCUCCCGCCUGGCCGCGCUCUCUCUCUCCCUCUCCUAAGAUGGCCGCCGCCGCCGCCAGCCUGGAGGACCUGACAAAGGCCGAGCCCCGAGACUGCCCUCCGAUGAAGGAACCGAGCGGCGGAGGCGACGUGGUGAUAAUUGAUCCAGAUGACGACGAAAUGUCCACUCUGGAGCUGGACUUGCCAUCUGGGCAUAGUUCUGGAGAAACCGAAUUGCAAGAGAAAAAUGGAUUUAUGGGGACGCUGGACGGUAACUCGCAUCCCAAGCAAUCACUUUCCAAAAUUGCCUUGGUCACCCAAGGGGAGGAUUCACUACAGUCGAACAAAUUGCUGAAUUCCUGUCAGUUAUGUGGCACCUGCUUUGAAACUCGUAAAGGAUUGUCGAGUCAUGCACGCUUCCACCUGAGGCAGUUUGGAGUACCAGAUUCGGAAAGCAGUGGUGCCCCCAUUGGUACACUGUACGAACUGAUGAAAAGAAAAGGGAUACCUAAUGUUUUACCCUCAGCUUUGGCUAAUGAUAAACCACAAAGCUACGCACCAAAGGACAUGUCUGGUUUAAAGCAAGAGUCUCUUGGCAAACCGCUCGGGGAGGAGUGUCAAGGUGAAACAACACCAACAGCUAAAUCGCCAAAGUUGGGCAUCAACAGCCCUCCCAAGGGUCAGUCUCAGACAUCAACACUCAAGAAAAUGCAUCCCAUUUUACCAAAGCCAGUGUCCAGUAAAUCUCCAGAGCAAGGGAAAGCAGGUAGAUCAUUGAUGAACACUCCUCAGUCAUCAGGAGAACUACUAUCAAAGAAACUGUUUUGGUCUCCUCAAGAUGACAAUACACCUUUAAACCUCACAGUAAACAGUGAACACAUAAGCUGUCGGUUGUGUGGUGCCUGCUUUGAAACCCGGAAGGGGCUGUCGAGCCAUUCCCGAGCUCAUUUGAGGCACUUUGGAGCGGUGGAUAUGGAUUCCAAAGGAUCUCCGAUUGAAGCUCUGAAUGAAUUCAUUAAGAAAAAAGGGAUACAGAGCGCUUUAUCAUCCAUGCUGCCGAUGAAGAAAGCGCACAGCUACCCUAAGGUGUCUGCCCUCAAAGCGGAAAGGAGCAAUUUCAAAUUAGGGGCACCUGUCAACAAGAAAACAUCUGUAACAUCCCCUUCAAUGUCAACACAGAAAAAGCUGAAGCACGAUACUAUGAGAGUGCAUAUGGAAUCUGGGAUUUCUCAGGCCUCGACACCUAAUAAUGGGCUGACUUCAGAAACUUAUUGGCCAACGUCACCUAUAAAUCUGUCGAUUGAUUCAGCGCCUAGCAAAGAGACGCGUUGUGAAUUUUGCGGUGAUUACUUUGAGAACCGCAAGGGGCUGUCGAGUCACGCAAGGUCACACCUGAGGCAGUUUGGGGUGACCGAAUGGACAGUUAAUGGUUCGCCAAUAGACACAUUGAAGGAGCUCAUGAAAAGGAAAAUGCAUCCUCUUGAAUCAUCUGUCACACCUGGGCUCAAAGUGCCCCCAAAGCCAGCGGCGACUGGUAUGAAAUCACCAACCGAGGACAUGCAGGGUGAACCUUUCUCACCCACCACGGGUAGAUCAACUAAGUUCAGUCUGACCAUUCCAUCUGUCCGGCAGGUUCCAUCAGGAUCACUUGUACCCAAAAAGGUUCAGGGCCAGUUUCUCUCCCCGUCACCAUUGAAAAAGAUGAAACCGAACCCGCUGAAAAAAGUGAAACAAGAACAUUUCAAAAUAGAAUAUAACCCUGAAGAGCCAGCAACCUCGCUGAAGAGCGACAGUUAUUUACCAGAACAAAUGUGGCCACCCAGAGGAGAUACUUCACCUCUCCAUUUAACAGUUGAUCAACCCAGCAAAGAUGUCCGUUGCGAAUUCUGUGGCGAAUACUUCGAGAAUCGCAAGGGGCUGUCAAGCCACGCCAGGUCACAUCUGAGACAGUUUGGGGUGACGGAGUGGACGGUGAAUGGUUCACCAAUUGACACACUGAAGGAACUGAUGAAAAGGAAGGGAAAGCCUGAACCACUUGGCCAUGAACCUGACCAACGGGAGCUGCAACAGGAGGCUCAGAACUACCAGUACGAGGAGAAACCCAUUUCUAAGCCAUUUGGACAGAUCAUCAAAUCACCAGUUAAGGAGAUGCAGCAGAAGCAUCUGACGCCCCCAGCUAGAAAAGUAUUGACCUAUGCAUCUAAUAGCCAACAUCCAACUGUGUCGCCUCUGGGAAAGAAAAUACCCAUGGGUUUCGUGUCGACUGCAUCGCUAAAGAAGUCCAUGUCAGAUGAAAGAAGCAUGCCACAAGAAUUGAAGCCCAGCUAUACUACAGAAUCGGGUUCCUAUAAGCCGAAGACCACUUGGUCUCCACAAGAGAAGGUGACGACGACACCGGUAAUUGCCGCAGAUACUUGCUGCGAAUUAUGCGGCCACUACUUUGAAAACCGGAAAGCUUUAGCCAGCCAUGCCAGAGCCCAUCUCAGACAGUUCGGGGUGACUGAAUGGCACAUCAACGGCUCACCGAUAGACACCCUGAGGGAAUGGAUCCGCCAGAAGCCCAACAUUAGCCCGGGUACCUCUCUGAACUGUGUGCAGGACCGCCCCCUUCCAAAGCCCAUCAGAAACAAUAUCAAAUCUAUGGUUAAGGAGUUGCCAGGGGAGCUGUGUUCACUACCAGGGGGUAAGACGGUGAAGUUGGAGCCAAUGCAGCCCAAAACAGUAGAGCUGGGCUUUCCGGCCUCACCGGUGCAGAAGAAUCCAGAGACAGACAAAAUGCCUCCGACCGAGUGCUACACUCCCACAGAUCUGAGCCAAAGCAGCAUAACUGAAUGCACUCCAAGCUCCUCCAUGCCAUCUGAGGAUGAGGAGCCACAUCCAAAGAAAAAGAGAAAGCACCCAGUCAAGUUAGGAACCUGUGAGUAUUGUGGAGUGACACUAACCACGGGUGUAGGCCUCUCCAACCACAUGCGUGGCCAUCUGAAAUCUGGAUUGAAAAGGAAGUUACCGAGUCUGUCUCAGUUUGAGGAACUCCACGAAAAGGCUGAACCUGCACUCACCGACACAUACAAUGAGCGUAAGCAACAAAAGCCAGCGGUGUGCACAGAGAACUUGUCUCCGAAACGCGAAGAAGGGAAGGAGCCAAAGACAUUCAGGUCAAAAUCAGAGGAACCAAAACCUCUCCGAGUGAGACCUGUGAUCUUUCCAGUCCUGAAACCUGAACCCCUCUCACUGGUGAAGUUUAUAGGAAACAUCUAUACUCUAAAAUGCAGGUUUUGCGAUGUGGAGUUCCAUGGGCCCCUCUCAAUUCAGGAAGAAUGGGUGCGCCACCUACAGCGACACAUCCUGGAUGUGAACUUCCCAAAGGUGGAGGCUGCCCGUGAAGAGAUCUCCACGUCUGCUGAGCCUGAGAAAUAGGUGGAAUCUGCUGCCUGUGUCGAAACCUGGGUAGAUGGGGUCAGAUCGAUCGCAGUCUCUCUCCAAGGCACAUGCCAUUAUUUUUUAUGUUCUAGUUUAGUGACGUUUGGAAAGGUUCCUCUCUGCCUUUGAACGUUUAAGUCCCUGUGUAGUAAUGAAAGUAUCUGCCUUACGUGGGUUUCCUUAGAGUAAUUCUGCAUUCACCUCAUACUAGUAGAACGUUACAAAGAACAGCUUAACCCUGAUUAAUUUUGUAUAACCUAGAAGCAGUCAUGUAGCUCAGUCCAGUUCUGGAGAGCCACAGUGCAUGGGGAGGGUGAGGAAGUAUGUGGCACCAAUGCAGCCUGGGGUAAAGGCAGGGUUUGUUGGAGAUCCAUUUGGCUGUCUGGCAUCAAACUCCCAGGUAAGAAACCUUGCAUUAAUCCUGCCUUGGGGGAGAUGAAGAGAAAGGCAACGAGGCAGACAGAUGACAGUAACUUAGUCCAUUUUUAAUAACGUACCACUUUUUAAACUAUCCAGUUGUAGCAAGUAAAGCUUAAAUUUAACGUGUAGCAGGAAAAGACAAAAAAGGACUCCGUGCAGGCUGCUGCCUAGCUCCAGAUUGUUGCAUUGAGGCAAAUGCAAGUGAUCGGUGUCGCAUGUGAAAGGGGACUUUGCUGGUCUGGUUACAGGCUGCAGGUCACCUGACCCUGCACGGUGGAGGUGUGACCAGUGAAGCAGGUGUCCGAGGCUGAGUGAUGCCCACUGCAGUUACUGACCCUUGGCCCUAGGGUGGUUACCUUGCAUGCUGCCAACCUGGAGUAGGAGAGUGGGCAAUGGGUACUGCAGCAGCAUAAAGAGCAAGAAAUACACAGCAAGCUCCAUCAAGAUCUGAAGAGGUGAUGUGUUAGAAUGGACCCUUCAGACUGACAGAGUGCUGACCAGCUACAUACAUCACACACUGCUCAAGGGGAAUUCAAAGCACAGUCUGCCCAGCUUAACUGAAAUAUCGGUAUCUCAGUAUGCAGGAGACCUGCUUUCUGAUUCGAUUGGAAACAGAGACACUGCUGCUGCUGUGUUUUUGCCACACGUAGAUCGAGCCAUAUUAUUCUGUUUCCCAACUAAUGGGCACAUGGCUGUGAGGAUGAAUGGUGCGGGGUGGGUGGGGUGUGGGGUGGGCCAACAUGAGCCUAAAAGGGGAAGUUUAUUCCUCAGAGUCCAAGCCACUAAUUCUGCAUUUUGGUCAUAGAUGUUUCAGAGUUUAGUUGCUUUUUUAAUAUUUAGUGAAGGGGCUAUUUGCUUUUAAUGUGUUUAGGUCACCAAGUGGCAGUGCAUUUGCGCAGAAAGAUGUAGGUAUACUUGAUAGUUGUACUGUACAGAUGCCUUAUUUUUCCUUUUAUCGUCUCGUACGUGCUGAAUGAUGGUUGGUUUUAGCGAAGUGUAAAAGCAGGUCCUUGAACCUCUAGUGCUCCCUUUCACACCCAAGGACCCCUUGCCACCUUGUGUCUGACUCGCUGCCAGUGGAAGCAAGUGAUGCAAGGUGCAGAGUCAGGGUCAGCGGCUCUGCAGGGACCAGCCGUGCUACUGCUUCCUGAGGCAAUGCCAUCAGAGUUUACACGUUUGUUUCAUUGGUUGUGCAUCCAAGUGAUCUCCCAGCUACUGGGAUGAUCCACCAACCACUGGUCCUUUGCAAGCCAGGUAACGUAGCUGUGGGGAGGAAGGGGAGGGAGUUCUCGCAAGGCUGCUCAUUAGAAAGAUGUUUGUUGGACUCAAAUCUCUCUUUCCCCUCUCUUUCCAUCAAAACAGAAAUCUGUCUCAGAACCACCACUUCUGAUCUGUAAGUGGGGCACAAACGGCUGAUUUGUUUUUAUUGACUGUUUGAAUUAAAACUUAUUGUUUGUGGUCACUAUUUUCAGUGUUGUGAUGUGGGUCUAUGCAUUUAAUGCAGUUGGACUCUGUGACCAAAAAAAAAUAAUCUUGUUACCUGUUUGUUCCUGUGACUGUGUAUUGUAACUUGGAGUGUACUGAAAUAUACCUUCAUAACCAAAGGUGCUAUGAAAUUGGUUGUUGGGUAUCACAGAAUAAGAUUUUGUUUUCCAGAAUGGACUGUGUCUCAACACAUUUACAGAACCCUUUAUUGAACCAGUGGAAAUUCAUUGUAUUUAAAUCCAGCUGCAAUGGUCAUUUGGGUAGUUUUAAUGUUGUGGGUUUUUUUUUAGUAUGUUGGUUAUUGGUGACAAAAUAUAUUUUAGGAAUAUUUCAGUUGAUGCAUUUUAGUAUUGUGUGGAACCUCUUAAUAUUAGUUCUGAAAUUCUCACCAUCACUGCCGAACCUGUCACUGCCAUUGCUGCUGCUUCACCUUGAGUUUACUCAUAAAUUUUGGCACUUGCAAAAUGGAGGCAAGACUCUUCACCGCACUGAACCACCGGGAGCUCCUCACACUUCCUGAGGUCGUGAUCCGCAAUGGUUUCUACGUGCCCACCGUUAAGUUUGCCUAAAUCCUGCAACCACCUGUGAAAUCCUGGGAUUUCAGUUCUCCCACUUGUGGGACGGUACCUCACUCUUGCCCUGGACCCCAGCCCACUUCCAGAACAACCCUGGGAAUGAAUCGACACUUUCUGUGCUGUUUUGUGUACUUUGGUUUGUGUUGGGUAUUUUAAAGGGAGCAGAUCUUGGUUACAUUUCAAAUUUUGAAAAUUGUGAUCAUGGUGAAUCUUUCUGAACUGGGGAUCUUUAUUGUAAUAAUCCAGACUUUUACCACCUGGAGUCUUCCUGCCUGUGGAGAUGUUAUUUGGGGGCAGCAAAAUGCCACCUUGUGCCUUCUGUGGUAUGUUUUCUUAGCAGUCUGAUUGUCAGCAGUCCACAGGGUUUUUUUGGCUUUUGAGAUUUGCUGGAGGCUUCUUUAUUCUUAUUGAUGAUCUGAUCAUAUUCAGUGGCACUGUGAAGUAUGUUUUUAACUGAACUCCAAAAAAGUCUGAACCAUCAAACUGAAGGGCAUGGGAGUUGCCUGGACCAAGAUUCAUCGGUCACUUGGUUUUUCGAAGAGAGUCAUAGGAGCCUCUUUGGUCCAUUGCCUCUGUGCUGAGUUAUUCAGUUAAUCCUACUUCACUGCCCCUUCUCCAUAGAACAGAUUUUCCCCUUAACGUACUUAUUCUAUUCCGUGAUAGUCUCAGUGAUCAGUCUUUGAAAUCCUGUAGGAAUGAGUGGUUUAUCUUAUACUUCAAACUUUAAUGGAAUCUUCUGGGUAGUUGGCAGUUUCUGUUAAUCCUGUUUGUUGGGAUUGAAGCAUUUCAAUAGAUUGUUACUUACCAUGGAGGUGGGUCCUGUGGCUAAAUUGCUAAUAAUGAAGUGGAGCAAGAAACCAGCAAUUGACUUUGCCUUUGAAGAAUCUAAAAGGAAUUUUAAAAGAAUAUUUUGGGAGUGCAAAUGUUGUUUACAGUUUCUUAGAGCUGGGACAUAGAUGAUUCUCUGGUGACAGUUGAUGUAUUGGCAUUUUACUGUGUUUAUUUUAUUGAUGCAAUGCAGUAGUAACUUUAUUAAAGUGUUUUUUUAUUCCUGUACCCUGACCCUGAUUGCAUGUGCUGUUGAAUAUUACUGACUCUCAACUCUUUGUAUUUUAAUCCAGUCCUUUUUUAAAGAAAGUAUUACCACAAUAAAAAUACUGAAUUUUGUGCAGCUUGCAGCUUCACAGUUUUAAUUUCUCUUUGGUAAUACCAUAGAGUUUUGAGGAUGGGGAGUAAAACCAUCAUUACUGCAUCAUCAGUUUCAGUGUAUCAUCCACCAUCUGCUGGCAGAAACAUGCUGCAUGAUCUGUCUUUGCAGAUUAAAUGUCCUUGCAGAUGAGUAUUCCAGAAGUUUUUAUUCCAUCCUUUUAACACCCUCACCUUGGUUGUAGCAAGAAUGUGAUUUAAGAGAUUGCAAGUCAUACUGAGUAAUUGGACUUGUGGCGCAGAAUAUUGUACACCCUAUGGAAUCCAGUGAGGUACUCAGCCUGGAUUUUGCAAUUACUUCCCAGUUUAUAAUAGGCAUCCUCAUUAAUUGGGUCAUUUUUAUUAAAUUUUAUUGAAACUGUAUUCUGAAAAGAUUUUUUUUAAAUGAACACGGGAAUUUUAACAUUAAACCUUUCAGUAAUAAGUUCAACAGCAAUGUAUAUGUUGUCUAUCUCACAUGGAUUGAAGCCCAAAUGGUUUUCAGAGGUAAUCUUUAGGAGUGUUUUAAAGGUGGGGAAGAUGUAGAGUGGCUUUCAAAUUCCAGACAUUUGGUUGCCAGGCAGUUGAUAGCCAGCUGGUGGAGCAAUGUGGGUUGGGAAUGUGAAAUUUGUCUUUAUUAUUUGAAUGCUUUGUUCCCUUUCGAAAUGUAAAUUGUCUGACUCAGAAUUUACUUAUGGAACUGUGAUUCUGCAUAGCUGUUCCGGUUUGAAUGCACCAAGAACAGUCAUGUGCACAAGGUGUGAAAUACAGUGUAGGAAUCUGGAUAUGUACCAGGAAGGUUGUUUUCCAAUCUCUGCUGAACGAGUUGACCUUGCUCAGAAUGCAUGUUGGGGGUUUGACAUUUAGCAGCUGACCUAUUUCGGAGAAAUGAAGAAAAGUAAGCUAUCUGGGCUUCCUGCUUAUGAACACAGUCGUAUGAGGACAGGAUUAAUUUUGGCUUUGAUGUUUGCUGUGGUUCACUAUAACCUGCUGACAUUCCCUAACCAGAUCCAAGUGUUAAAUGAGUUUCUCAUACCCAGGAAAACUAAAUGCCUUGCAGGUCGCAGGACAGUGGGAAAACGAGAUGGAUCGGAGAUAUUGUGUCAGAAACCCCCAUGAUGUUUGUAUAACCAUUUGGAGGUCAUUGUCUCUUCCACUUCAUCUGUUGGGUUAUCCAGUUAUAUUAUGUGCUUAGAUCAUUGGGCAUGACCAUAAGAAGAGAUCUUCUGCAGUGGAAAUAGGGCCAGGGUACCUGAGGCUAUAUAGUAAUUAUAUAGACUAUUAUCUGGAGGAUAUGUGAUGAAUCUUCCAGUUGUCCACAAGAAAAUAUUCGUGAUCCUGGGAUGUCCAAAUGCAGAUGUGAAUCUCUGAACAGCAGUGCCUGUGUGAGUUUAUGAAAUGUGCUUUGAGUGAUGCCCUCACUGCACCAAAACCAAGUCUGGUUUCUCUUCCCCCUCCCAAUUCUUCCAGUCUCCUUGCUGCUUUGAUGCUUUCAGAUUCUUAGCAGAAACGGCUAAUGUCUCCAUUUGGCUUCUGUGGAAAAUAGAUGGUAGGGGUGGGUUGUUUAGGCCUUUGGAGAUCCUUACAAAAAAUUGCAACUUGUAGAACUAUGUUUUUAUUUCCAGUUGAUCUGCAUGCUGACCCAGCCUUGGGUUGUAGUAAGGUUUACAUGAGACGCGAGGUCAGAAGCCAUGAGACAGGACUGGUAAUGUCAAACUACAUAGCAAAACCAGUUCCCACCAGUGAAAUAAUGCUGCUUGUUUAGGGUGUAUAGCUGAGUAGUGAUUUAUGGCAAAUGUACCCAAGGUGAAUAACCCGCAUAUUGACCAACCUGCUGUGCAGCUGUUUUAUUGCUGAAAUUGAAAUACGGAAGUACUGUUUUUAUAUCUGUCAAUGUUACAGAUUGAGACUUUGUUGUGGAUUCAAAUUGGAAUGAUUUUUUUUAAAAACACUAUAAAGAGAAAACUUUAAGGACGAUUUCCAACAGUCAUACUCUUAAUAUUAUUGGUUCACAAAUUCCAAAGAACAGCUUUUCAUUGGCAGCUGGGGUCACUGAAAAAUGGAACUGUAUGCAUUUGUAAUGUGAGCCAGCCCAUUCUGAAUAAAGUCAGAAUUGUACUUUUCAUGGCUUGCAGUAAUCAAGAAAUCCCGAGUGAUCAGAGGUUACUUCCUCAACUCUUGAAAUCCUGAGGUUAGGGAAACACUGAAAGAUGUAAAAGGAUACCUGCAUUAACUAUGAAUUGGCUCUUUCUGCAUUUCCUUUCAUUGAGGGGAAAAAAUAUAACAGGGGUUGAAAAUCUAGAGAAUUAAAUCCUGGAAGUGCAUGAUGUAACAGUUCACUCACAUAUGCUGCCUGGCCAGUGUUUUUCCAUUAUUUUGUAUAGUUUAACUCUUUCUUUUGCUCUCUUAAAUAUCAACGUAAUGCAUCCUGUGGUUAAUUUAAAUAUUUAUUUUUCCUGGUUAGAGAUUUCUGGAUUUAAAGCUUUCCUGGAGGUGUGAUGAUACUCAGUCCAUUCCUCUAUUGAUUUUCCCCACCCCUUCCCCCACUCACAGUACUGUUGACAGGUUGUCAUUCUGCUUUUGUAUAGACGUAUUUUGUAGGUUAAAAAAAAGUCACUUUUACACUUGGAAUUUUAAUUCAUGUCUUAAGUGUUUCACUGAUGCCAGCUCCAGGAUGACAAAGAAUUGGACAUGGUUUUUUUUAAAUAAAGGCUAGGAUUCACUACAGGAACAUUUUUAAAACUAGAUGUCACAAACCUGAUUUUCAUGUUGAGAUAGUGUAAGAAAGUUCAAUUGCAUGGUAUAAAAUAGUUUGAUUUCCUGGAGUCAACUGCAGUACUUGACCUAGUUUGUACUAAGAUGUGGUGAAUAAAAUAGUAAUGGAUAGUUAGGCUUGUUAGAAAGAUGUAUGGGGCAUAACCCUACAGUAAAUGGAGCAGAUAGAUGUGCCCCAUGCAAUACUAGCGGCAUGGUAGUUCAAGAUGCUCCUUGUUAUAUUGUCUGGGUAGGUGUUAAUGGUUUUGCCUCUUAAUCAUGUGGUUGCUAUAGUAACUCUAAAGCCAAUGAGUACUGCUAGGAUUAUUUUCCUUGCUUUUGGUAGUGUUAACGUUCCUAUCAGAUACCUUUCUUCCUCCACCUUGGGUAAAAUUAAUUUGAUAUCCAAGGAGGUACAAGAUUCUUUUUAAUGGGAAGAGAUCAAACUUUAGCCACUUUCAAGCACAGAAGCUUCCAUUCUUUAGCAAAGUGGGAUAUGCUAUACAGUAUACAGGACUUGCAUUAACGUUCAUGGCUGAGUUUUCAUUCAGUAUUAUCCUGCAUGUUAAGAUGCAAGAUUUCUAUAGGUAUUUGUUAGCCAAUGUUUAAACUGGACAAUGGAUUAAACAGAAAACUCAGUAUAAAUAUUCCUGCAGGGCACAAUCUUAACUGGCAUUUUCUCCUGGUACAUAAUGAGGACCAGUAGAGAUUAAUUAUUGUAAGAAUAAUAAAGGCUUUGUUCAUGGUUUUAAAACACUAUCCAAAGCCAUGGUUCAAGAGCUACUGUAAAAUUUCUUGUGCUCAGAUUUGACACACGAUUUUUUUUAAUGCAACCUUUAGUCUCUACUGCUGCUUAUUCCUCUCCUGCACUGUUCAUGUUCUGUUGCUGGGGUCAGUGGAACACAUUUGUAAUUAGAUAGACACUGCAUUUUAUAAUUUUUUUUAAAUAUGUAAACUUGAUUGCGCACACAGCUGUAUAGGGCUGUAUUUACUGAUUUGUAAUUGAGUCAUUUAUAAAUUUAGUAUAUGGUAAAGCUUCCAAGGAAGAUGUGUACAACACAUUUUAACUCAACUUUCCACACUAAACUUCUGUUCUUAAACUGUUGAAGGUUAAACAAACCAAACUGGAAGCUGGUGCCUCAGAGCUAUAAACUGUUACUGCUGUACAUGUUACUGAAGGUUGUGUAUCAUUUACUCCAAAUAAACAAAACCUAUGAAAAUCAAAAGCUGUUCAUAUACUGGUA